AUGGAGAGGCCAGAGCUUCCGACACGGGUGCGAGAGCAGAAGCUGCGGGAGAUCAAGCGGGAGGCCGGACCGGACGAGGUUGUCUCCUUCUUCUCAUGUCCGGGGCAAUUUGGCCGCUGGGAUGCGCGCUGGGGGGCGGAGGCGCUCUACCAGGUGGCCAAGCGAUCCACGGCGAGGACGCGACAGGAGUGGGCGGAAGAUAAGGCGGUCUUGAAGCUGGCGGAGAAGCUGAAGGAAGACGCAGCUUCUGGGAGUGAUGCAGACAUCAUAUUGCUGUCCAUGGAGGCUCUCAGAAGGAUGACGAUACAGGAGUCGCAGGAUCAGAAGUCCAUCAUAGAGCACGUCGUCUCCCUGAUGGUCGCUCGAAGCUGGCGCUCUCCUGCCAAGAGCCUUGCGCGGCUUUUCUGGCUCGGUGCGCCCUUGAAGAGCGAAGGCACGCUGAAGGACCACUUCGAGUCGAAAGCCCUGCCCUCGCUGCUCCGCUCGAAGCAGAUGGACCUUGAUGGGCCAGACUUGGCCCUGAUAUUGGCCGCCAUGAAGGGCGAGAAGGGUGUGAAGGACACCGCCCUCCAGUCGAAGGUGGUGCUACGACUGAAGGAGAAAGGCAUCCAUCGUGGCCUCUCUGCAACUGACAUUGUGGAGAUGGCGGAGUCUCUUCAGGACCUGGGAGUGCAAGACCAGGCGGCCUUGAGGCCCUUGGGCCAGGAAGCGCUGCGCCGGCGAGGCGAGCUGACUCCCGAUGAGUCCCAUCGCAUCCACACCGCAUUCCAGGCGAUGAAGCAGCCGCUUCCGCUGCUCGGCUUUUGGCAGCUUGAACCAGGGGAGCAACACGCGUCUCAAGCCGUCUGGGACAAGCCAGGCAGCACGAAGACGAAGCAGACAGAAAAUGGCAAGGUCACCACGCAGGCUGGCGGCUGGACAUGGAUCCCGACAUCGAGCGAACGUGGAUCCGGCAUCUUGGCCUCCGCAGGAUGGUUGAAUUUCACGUCGUGCCAGGUCUCCUCCCAGAGUUGUCCGAGAUAUGAAGAUGUGCUCCUACUGAGAGGGCAGGGCAGCACCGCGAACAGCUGGGAGACGGGCAACAAAGCACUGCACUUGGCAUGCGGAGUCCAUGAGUGUGCUCUUAUUGAUGUGCUCCGACUGCAGAGGGCCACGACAAGUCGAAUACCUCGCCUCACUUCUGUGCAUCUCAAGAACAGGCAGGUCGCGGUUGUCGUCGCGCCGAUUUGCUUCGCGGCUGCCUUGCUUGGCGUCUGUGGACUGGCCGGGCUUUUCUCGUCGCCGGAUCUUGGUAACAGGGCCCUGCUCAAGUCGAUGCAGGGCGCAAAGGAGAAAUGUGAGGAGGCCGACGAGGUCCUUCCGGGCCGAUUCCGCCCGCGCUGCACCGAGGACGGCAAUUGGGCUUCGCAUCAGUGUGAUGGCAGCACCGGCAUGUGCUGGUGCGCAGACAAGGCUGGCCAAUUGCUAGAGGGAACUCGCGGCAAGCCUGGCAAGGGGCCAAGGCGGGCAAGAGAAGGACCUGCCUUCAGACCGCACUGCAGUUUCGCUGGAGCUUUCGCUUCAAGGCACAAGGCCGAAUUGCAGGACAGCAUGCCAGUCCAGCAGCCCAGCCACCCAGCCCCCCGAAAGUUGGCGAAUUGCCGUCAACAGCCCAGAUGCCUGGCAAACCCUGAAAGCAGAAAGCCCAUUUGUCAAGUCACCUAG